AUGUACAAGGAAGGCGUUGUUGCGCAGGAGCUCGUCAAGAUCAGCGGCCGCUGCAGGCCCAGCCACCAGAUCUUCAACUUCCACGAAGCCGACAGCGGCGACGCAGAAGCAGGUGGCGGCAUCCCCAUGUGCACGCUGCGCAACUUCCCGCACCUCAUUGACCACUGCAUCGAGUGGGCGCGGGCCAAGUUCACGGACCUGUUUGUGAGCCCGGCGUCGCAGCUGCAGCAGUUCUUGGAGGAUCCUGAGGGAUUCACCUCGGGGCUGGAGACGAAGUUUGAGCAGCACGAGCGGAUUGGCGCCCUCGAACGCGGCGUGGACACGCUCAAGGCCAUCAAGGACCUCGCCGCACAGCUGCAAGAGAAGCCGACGAUGGAGACGUGUGUGUCGCUGGCGUGGCGUGACUUUCACGCGUUUGUCCGCCACGUCAUUCUGGACCUCAUCGCCACCUUCCCCGCAGGCGCAAAGACCAAGCGUGGAGAGCCCUUUUGGUCAGCUGAGGACUCGCCCUACAAGAUCUUCCCCGAGGUGCUCGAGUUUGAUCCGCAGAAUCCGUUGCACAAGGAGUUUCUGAUUGCCGCCGCCAACCUCUACGCAUGCGUCUUCAAGGUACACCCGACCAAGUACCCGAGCGAGGAGAACAAGCUCCACACCAAGCGAUGCCGCCCCAACGCCAUUGUGCCCAUUGUUGUUCCACCAGCAACACCUCCCGCAGAAGCGCACAAGCUUGACGACUACGAUGUCACUGCGUUGCCGAACGUACCUGACAUCAUCUGCCAAGCAUUUUGA